AUGGACAAAGGCGACGCCAUACACGAGGAAAUCAUCAGCCCAGGAGCACCAGGGGACGUCGAACUGCUCAGAGGAAGCGACACAGUUCUCAUCCCAACCCCAUCAGCAGAUCCCAAAGACCCCCUGAACCUCCCACCGUGGCGAAAAUGGAUCCUCCUAGUGCUGGUCUCAGCCUACAGCUGCACAUCCGUGGCGCUGUGCUCAGGAAUGGGCCCCAUCUUCUCCGUCAUCCAGCAGCAGUAUCCGGGCGAAGAAGAACGCGCAAACGACCUCCUAACAUACCCUACCCUGUUCAUGGGACUCGGCAAUCUCAUCAGCAUGCCAUUCGCUCUGAGCUGCGGCCGUCGGCCUGUCUUCCUGGCGUCGAUGGUCCUCCUCAUAGCAACGGGAAUCUGGUGCGCCUGUUCUCAAAGCCUGGGGAGUCACAUCGCCGGCCGCAAUAUCAUGUCCCUGGCGGCCGGUCAAAGCGAGGCGCUCUCGCCGGCAAUCAUACAAGAAAUCCACUUCCUACAUGAGCGUGGACGGAAACUAGCCUGGUUCAUCUUUAUCCAGAAUGUCACGGCGGGCGUGUUCUUCGUGGUGUCGACGUACAUGGUUGCGGCGUGGGGAUGGAGAUGGUGGUAUGGGUUCUUCGCUAUUAUGAACGCCGUUAUCCUGCUGUUCUCGGUGGUCUUCGUGUCAGAGUCCUCCUUUGAACGGUCCGCCCCCGAUAUGCGCGGCGAGACUGUGCUCAAGCCGGAUAAUACAGAAUCUGGCGCUGUCCGCUCGGCAUACGGGACAGUGCUCGAUGUGGAGCAAUAUGGCCCACGAACAUGGCGCCACGAGCUUUCCCUGUCAGUUGUAAAACCGCGGUGGAACGACAUCCCCGUCUUCUACAACCACGUUCUGCAAGGCGUCUGCAUCCCUAUCACCCUCUGGCUGCUGCUGCUAAACGGCGCCUUCCUCGGCGUCUACAUCUUCCAGUCCGCAACAUUCUCCACCAUCCUGCUCGCACCCCCCUACAACUUCGCCUUCACCUCGCUUGGCUCCGUGCAAGCAGGCCAAAUCAUCAGCUGCAUCAUCUUCCUCCCCCUCCUCGGCUACGGCAGCGACAUCACAAUCCGCACCUUCACAAAACGCAACAACGGCAUCUACAAACCCGAAUACCGGCUGCCGGUGAUCACAAUCCCCGCCACCGUCGGCGUCAUCUGCGGCAUCAUCUACGGGCAGGCCGCCUCCUUCCCAGAAGACUGGCACGCCAGCGCAAUCGUCGUCGCCUACAACGCGAGUUUCUUCGCCUUCCUCGGCGCCAAUAUCGUCGGGAUCACAUACGCCGUGGAUAGUUUCCCGCUGCGCGCGGCGCCGUUCCUGGUCGUGGUUUGUGCGGGGCGCGGCAUUAUUUCGUUUGGGCUGAGCUAUGCGACGUUGCCGGCUGUAAGGUCGAUUGGGUAUGAUAUGACGAUGGUGGUGGAGAUGGUUAUCUGUGCGGUGUUGGCGCUGGGUGCGGUGCCGAUGUUUUUCUUGGGUUAUAGGGUUAGGCGGGUUGUUAGGGGGUGGGUUGGUGUAUAG